GUCUCAGUUGUCCUGCCAAUUCCUUUCCUUCCUUGGUUUUCACUCUUUCUUUCUUAUCUUCGACGCCAAUGCAUUUUGCUAUUCCAGACGUCGCUGAGCGUACUGGGCCAAAAGGCGCGUACACGGUCUUCAAUAUCCACAUCAAUGGCGUCCAUCACUGCGCCAUCCGCUACAGCGAAGUCGAAAAGCUCCAAGCGCGCAUCAAGGCCGAGUACCCAGACAAGCCGCUGACCAAGUUCCCGCCAAAGCGGCUGCUGGCGCUGACCCUGGAGCAGCUCGAGGAGCGCAGACGCGGCAUUGAAAUGUACCUGCAGGCCGUUGGCGAAGACCCGUUGCUGGUCAGAUCGCUCAUCUUCCGGAACUUUCUGAUUGAGAGCCAAGAGGAAAUGCGCGAGAGAUCGGUACCCGUCGAAUUUCCAAUCAAACUGCCAGGCGGAACCAUCUUUACACUCAAGACGCUGUCGCUCAACCGAACAGAGCGCACCUUGGCGCUCAUUGCGGACAAGCACGGCAUGACUCGUGACCUUGUUCCCAUGUUUGGUCUGUUUUUGGAAAUCGAAAGCGAUGAGCCCGAGGAGGAAGAAGGCGCCGGCCCGAGGCGUUUCAUCAAACGCCGCAUUCAACACUUUGAAUCGCCGUAUCUGGCGCUGAUGAAGGCCGCCACUCGCAAGGGAGAGCUGUGUCUGCGCUCGACAUUCUGGGAUCCCGCCCUCCUCGAAAAGAUCUACCCAGACCAGCAAGCGACCGAGUGGAUUUAUCAACAGACCGUGGCUGAUGCCAACAAUGGCUGGAUGUCGCCUCCUGAUAACGUGCUGGCGGAGCUGAAGAUGCUGAAGAAGGCUCGCAAACACAAGGAGUUUUUGCAAGUGGCCUCCAAGUUGGACACAUUUGGCUACAUUGAGCUCGAUCCCUGUGUGUGCAGCCAUCCCGCGCCCGAUUCCCGCGUCAUCGUUGCCAUCGGCUCCAAUGAUCUACGCGUGCGCCUCGUCGGCCAGAAACGCUCCGAAGCUGCCACGUUCCGCGUCCGCCGGACUCGAUGCUGGAAGCUUUCUGCACACGACAAGGUUGUUGACUUUGCCUUUGACUAUCUAUUUGGCCCCAACGAGCUGCGCUGGGUGACGAUGGCUGGACCUCAAACAAUCUACAUGAGCAUGUGCGUUCAGUCUGUCGUCGACGAGUUGCUGGAAAAGAUCAAGCCGUCGCCAAAGGGUCCCAAGCCAGACUACGGUCCGACCUUCUCGGAUGCCGAUUAUCAAGCGGCUGUGGCGGAUGCCGCAAGGCGCCUUCCUCCACCGUUGGCGCGUCAAAGCAGUCUUCCCGCUUCUCCAGCUGAGCCGGCGACUCCAACUAAGCGUGCUUCCGAGCCCACUGCGGCUUCAACUCCGACACCAAAGGCAGACAAGCCAGCAGCUGAAAAGACAGCUGAAAAGGCCGUUGAGAAGGCAGCUGAAAAGACAGUCGAAAUGCCAGCUGAGCAGCCCGCUGAGAAGCCAGUUCAGAAGCCCAUUGAGAAGCCAGUUCAAAAGCCCGCCGAGAAGCCCGCCGAGAAGCCUGUUGAGAAGCCUGCCGAGAAGCCUGCCGAGAAGGCCGCUGAAAAGCCCGCCAUCAAAUCCGAAGGCACGCCCAAAAAGGCAGCGCAGCAACCCUCCACGCCGACACCCUCUGCGUCCACUCGCGCCGCUGCGUCAGACAGCAGCUCCUCUUCGUCGUACUCCCCUUCGACUUCGUCCACGACGACCGGCUCGCGUGGUGUCCAUCGUGUUGACUCGACCUCCGCUGCCGACGAUGGUUACAAGAAGAAGCUCAAGCUCCCUGACGUGUUCAAAUCCUUGAAGUCUGGCAAGAGCGAGACGUAUGACAAUGCCAUGUACGACGGCACCAUCGGUGACGACGAUCUCUAAAGGCAAACGGCACUCUCCAAAAAACCUAACGUUAUUCCCCUCUUGUUGUUUUGUUGUUGCUCGUUUUGUUUUGUUUUCAAUGUCGGACCUGCUGAUGUUUGGGGGUUUCCCCUACGCCUGUCCUUGCUGUGUCGAUAUAAAGCGCGUCGUCAUGCA